GAAAGUGACCUGCUCGCCUCGGUGCAAGCAUUCUGCUCCAGGUGACUGGCGGCGUUAAGGGUGGGAGCUGCUGGCGGGUCCCCCUUGGCACAGGUUGGAGCGGAGGAGGUCCUGGGUGCAGAGGUGGACAACUGAUGGAACAUUCCACUACAAAGAAUAAAACUGUUCUUACAAGGUAGUUUGCUCAGAUUAGACUGAGAUCCAUACAGGAAAACAAAAUCUCUCAACCAACGGUGACUGGGACCACUUGAGAACUCCUGAAUGAUCGGUUGAGGCCUUGGAAGAAAAGCAUUGAAGACUUUACAUUUCACAGUCAGUUCUGUUAAGGAGCUAUGGAACUAGAAAAGGACCACAUUACUACCACCCCCACAGAACUUGAGAAUCUAAGUGAUGCUCCAUUUUCCGGUGAUGAAGAAAAUGGUGGGUCUGAGGAACGAAAGACUGAAAUCAAUGGAAAUUGGAUUCCUGCAACUUCAAUUACUGAGGCCAAAAUAAAUGCUAAAGCAAAGAGACGCUUGAGGAAGAAUUCUUCCAGAGAUUCUGGGAGAGGAGACUCUGUUAGUGACAAUGGAGAGACGCUGAAGGUUGGAGCUGCACCAACGAGCCCAAAGGGGAAACUCCUGGACAGGAGAUCCCGGUCUGGAAAGGGAAGAGGUCUACCAAAGAAAGGUGGAGCAGGUGGUAAAGGAGUUUGGGGAACACCAGGUCAAGUGUAUGAUGUGGAAGAAGUAGAUAUUAAGGAUCCUAAUUAUGAUGAUGACCAGGAGAACUGUGUCUAUGAAACUGUAGUUUUACCUCUGGAUGAAAGAGCAUUUGAAAAAACUUUGACACCAAUCAUACAGGAGUAUUUUGAACAUGGAGAUACUAAUGAAGUUUCGGAGAUGCUGAAGGAUUUAAAUCUUGGUGAAAUGAAAUACAGUGUGCCAGUGCUGGCUGUCUCCCUGGCAUUAGAGGGGAAGGCUAGUCACAGGGAAAUGACAUCCAAGCUUAUCUCCGACCUUUGUGGGACAGUAGUAAGCAAAACUGAUGUGGAAAAGUCAUUUGAUAGAUUGCUUAAAGAACUACCUGAAUUGGUGUUGGAUUCUCCCAGGGCACCACAGUUGGUGGGCCAGUUUAUUGCUAGAGCUGUUGGAGAUGGGAUUCUAAGCAGUACCUACAUAGAUGGCUACAAAGGCACUGUGGAUUGCAUCCAAGCUCGAGCUGCACUGGAUCGAGCUACCGUGUUGCUGAGCAUGACCAAGGGUGGAAAGCGUAUAGACAGCGUAUGGGGGUCAGGAGGUGGGCAGCAGUCUGUGAAACACCUGGUUAAAGAGAUUGAUAUGCUGCUGAAAGAGUAUCUGCUUUCUGGAGAUGUAUUGGAAGCUGAACGUUGCCUUCAGGAACUGGAAGUACCCCAUUUUCACCAUGAACUUGUAUAUGAAGCCAUUGUAAUGGUUUUGGAGUCAACUGGGGAAAAGACAUUUAAAAUGAUACUGGAUUUGCUGAAAUCUCUCUGGAAAUCUUCUGUCAUUACUGUGGACCAAAUGAAAAGAGGCUAUGAACGAGUUUACUGUGAAAUCCCAGAUAUCAACCUGGAUGUGCCACACUCCUAUUCUGUGCUUGAGCGGUUUGUAGAGGAAUGCUUUCAGGCUGGAAUAAUCCCCAAACCACUAAGAGACCUCUGUCCUUCAAGGGGCAGAAAGCGUUUUGUGAGUGAAGGAGACGGAGGUCGUCUUAAGCUAGAGAGCUACUGAAUGUGAGAACCAGCUCCUGAAGCCUUAAAUGUUGAAAGGGAAAUAGGUAUCUAUAUAUAUAUGCAAACACGCAUGCUUUUCUGGUGUGUGUAUGUAUAUAUGUAUACACAUAUAUAAUGUACCAAAUUUAAGAGUUGCUUAGCACAGUUCAUAUUUUUUUAAAAGCACAUGUUUUGGGUACAAUCUUUUUCUUUUCCUCAAUAGUUUUAUAAAUUUCAGAAAGAAAAGAAUUUCUUUCUUUGGGCAUCUGGUAGAACAACUGGCCACUGCUGUGGUGGUGCCUUCCAAUAAGCUAUCGUUUCAAGUGCCAUAUGUGUAUGACCUAAUCAUUCCACAUCUGCAUCCAUGUCUGACUGCAGCUCGCUCUUUCAAGGACAGUGUUGUCACCAUAAAAUCACUGUUUAUACAAAGCUUUAUAGAAGGGUCAAGUUAAGCUGCUGUGAUCCCAUUUCCAUUGCUGCUGAAGAAAUACUGUGCUUUGGGAGAAAAAAAAAAAGCUGUUUCUUUGUUUUAAAGAGCCCAAGAAAAUGGAGUUGGGUCAUAAGAGUAAUGCAUCUGUUCCAGGGGAGAACACUGGUUGGUUUUAGCCCCUGUGUACCAAACUUGUCUUUUUUUUUUUUUUUUCUAUGUAACUGGAAAAGUGAAAAGUUCUGGUAAAACAUAUUAAAAAUAUUUUUUGUGA